GGUGCGCAUUUAACAUGAUUGAUCCGCUAAUAGGACAGAAGAGCAGACGCACAACUUCAGCUUUAAAUCUACCCACGGUUCCUCUUUCCUCUUUUCUUUCCACUUCAACUCAAACGAGCUUGAUGUGAGCGAGGGGGGAUAAAACUCCAAAAAUCACCUCCUUUCCCUUCUGUCACCCUCACAGAGCACCUCUCACCUUUACUUUCGGAUUGUGGCUUUAACUCACGGCUUCACUGGGCACAAACGACACCAGGUUCUCUUCUGCAACUUUAACGCACACCAGGGACAAAAUCACCGACAGGGAAACAGAUUUUUGUUUUUGUUUUUCUGGCACAAAGAAGCGUUAAAGUUACACAAUGAGUCUGAAGUCAGAUUCAGAGACGAACACCAGUGUUUCAUUAGAGGAGGAGGUACGAACGCUAUUUGUCAGCGGGCUGCCUGUCGACAUCAAACCACGUGAGCUUUACCUGCUGUUCAGACCCUUCAAGGGAUAUGAAGGAUCUCUCAUAAAACUGACCUCAAAACAGCCUGUGGGGUUUGUCACGUUUGACAGCCGGUCUGGGGCUGAAGCGGCCAAGAAUGCAUUGAACGGUAUCCGCUUUGACCCAGAGAGCCCUCAAACGCUGCGUCUGGAGUUUGCUAAAGCCAACACGAAGAUGGCGAAGAGUAAACUGAUGGCCACGCCAAACCCUUCCAACCUGCACCCAGCUCUAGGUGCACACUUCAUCGCUAGAGACCCAUAUGACCUGACGGGGGCAGCACUGAUCCCUGCGUCUCCUGAGGCGUGGGCUCCGUAUCCUCUCUACACCACUGAACUGACCCCAGGCCUGCCUCACGCCGCCUUCACCUACCCCGCCGCUGCUGCUGCCGCCGCCGCCCUGCACGCCCAGGUGAGGGACCAACCGAUGCGCUGGUACCCUUCUCCCUCUGAAAGUUCUCAACCGGGGUGGAAGUCACGCCAGUUCUGUUAAAUAAUCAAUGCCGGUCCUUACCAGGUGUUUUGUUUCUGUUUCUCCCUCCUGUUUAAAUGAAGGACAACUGGGCUCAGCAUUUAAUUUAAUCCGGUUUAUUUAAUGGACAAUCUAAGCAUGGAUUGUUUUCCUUGGAGGAAGUUUUCUACAAAGCACUCUGAGAUGCUGAGGACUCUCACGGUACUGUCUCUGUUUCCAGAGCUGCGCUUGAUGAAACAAUCAGGCGCAGACGUUCAACUUGUCUAGCUGCUCUUAUAGAUGUUUGUUUUUAAGGUCGUCGUCAUCCUGCAUGUGAUAAGGCAUGAGUUUUAGAAUUCAAACCUUUUCUUUUCCGUCCCAGUCGACCCUAAAUGUUUUCAGCCUCUUGUUUUUGCAGUUUCUUUGAUUUUGUGAAAGGUGGAGAGCUUUUUUUAUUUUUUUUGCAAUCCAGUCUGUGUACUUUUGUUUUCUAUUUAAGAACUGAUGACAUAUGCACUGGGUAUUUGUUUGUGUUUGUGACCUUGACGUGAACAGAGCAGAUUCGAGUUCUUGUCUCCUCCAGACCUUCGAUGCAUCUUCCUCUGCCCUGAAAUCACCAAACCUCUGCUAUCUGUGUCUGCUUGGAGAAUAUUUGAAAAAAAAAAAAAAAAAGAAAUGUACAAGUAUUUUGUACAUUUGUGUAAUGAAUAUUUAUGCAUUUUUGUUUUGUGCAAUUAAAUAAGUAUAUAUGA